AAGCGGAAAUAGAAAUAGGAAAUAGCACCCAGAAACAAAAAAACGAAGCAGAGGCCACUGCUUAGCUUCUCAGCUCCUCUGAGGGUGGGCAAGGCAGCCCGUCAUUUCUCAAGACCAGAAUCAAGGAUGGUGGUGGCUGUGACGCCCAUCUCAUCGGACCCACCGUCCUAUUGGCAAGCGAGGCUGCGAAGUGAGCAGCACGGUUCGCUUCACGGGGAACCCAUUCCCAGCUGAAUUGAUCGAAGAAGGAGCAGCGAUUCCUAAUCCGGUAUAGAAUUGGAAAGGUUCAUGGAUAUAGCUAGUUCCACCCCUGACAAUAAUGCUUCAGCUUCCGCAAUAGGCACCGAGGCACAUACAGCUCGGGUAGCAGUCCCACCCAGCACAGAGUUGCUACUAUCACGAAUGAUCACACCCAAGCCAGCAGAGUGGGGGGCAGACCAAGCCGCAUCACAAUUCACCUUCACAAGAGGCCAUGGAGGGGGCUUCUAAACACGCUGAAUGGGCUCUACGACAAGCUUCGGAGUUAAGCCCGGUGGAGACUGGGAACGAGCUUCAACAAAUUCCGAAACCUGGUCCGAGAUGGAAUUGACUAUGUGGAGAGGGUGGAUGGGUUUCUUCUGGUAGAUAAAAGCACACCUGGCCUUCCAAUUAUUCCAGCAGAUGAAGCUUAAAAUGCCUGCAGUUGUCCAAAAUUUCAACAGAUUCACCCAAAAAUCUAAAAACCAUCGAAACGCUAAUUCUGGAAAAUUGUUGUUUCCUUCACCGAACGCAAGUACUGUGAAGAAGGUUGUGUUUCUUUGGUUGCAAAGUCUGAUUCCUGCUACUCUAGCAAAGUGAAAGAUAGCGAUUUUGUCGUCAGGAUAUAUGCGAAUCAGGUCCUCUCAUGCAAUUGAGUGAUUGACAUAACUAUUAACACGGGAGGUGAGAUUUCGUACUGUUAUUGUUUGGGAUCUGUGAUGGCGGUUUCGUCAAUUAUGGGGUGGAGUUAGGGGUUUUUAUCUGGGUUUGUGUAAUGUUUUUUUCCUUAUCGAGUAAGCCUUUUGGGUUAGUGAGUGAUGGGUGAGGAGACAUCUGAUGCAAUGAACCUUGACCUGAAUCUGGGUUCUGGCCCCGAGCCGGCUUCUGCCACCAUGUCGAUUGAGCCUGUGAAUUUGGAGAAUUGGAUUGACCAGCGGCCUAUGCACCAAAUGCCGGAAGUUUUUGGGAUUAGUCCGUUUCGACGGAGAUGGCCGCAACCUGGAGCGCAUAAUGUUUGGUCAGGGUUGAAUCAAUUGAUGGUCGAUUCUGGUACUUCGAGUAUACUACAAGCAGGGGAGGGUAGUGUUGCUGCGGAGGAAAGAAGCAACGAUGUGUUGAGGGAUUUGGUUCAGCCAACAGAAGAUACUCCCCGAGAAACUGCAGCAGAAAGAACAAAUGGCUUGUUAAAUAGGAUUCUGACAUCUCGAGCACUGCGCAGAGAGCAAAAUCAGUUGGCACAACCUGAAAUUGUGGUUUUAACGCAAGACAACAUUACUAGCCUUGAUACAGGAGAAAACCGCCGGCUUCAGUCCAUGCUACUUCGAAGAACACAAUCACAUAUAGCAACACUUUCUUCUCUGUCAUCUGCGUUGAGUUCUGCUGAAAGGUUGGUGGAGGCAUAUUUCCAUAACCAUCCUAUUACACCUGCAGUUAGAAAUCAAGAACCGCCUCCCCCAGUUGAUGAUAGAGACUCUUUCUCUAGUAUUCAAGCUGUUAUAAAUUCAGAGAGUCAAAUGGACACAGCUGUGGAAAUCGAUUCAAUGGUUUCCCUUUCAGCUUCACCUUCCAGAAGAAGAAGUGAAGCUUCAAGGGUUUCAGACAUGGACAGUGAAGAGCCAUGUGUUCAAACUUCAAAGAGGGCCGAUGCUACGCAAGAUGGCGACUCAAAUCUUAAGAUCCCUCUUAGGCCUCAAGCACCGCGGGAUGAAAGCUUGAGGCAAACUAUUCAGAGGAGUGCAUUUACUUUUCCCGUGGAGGAGAUGAUUCGACGCCUUGGAAGCAGAUUUGAUUUGUCUCGGGAUUUGGUUCAGCCAACAGAAGAUACUCCCCAGGAAACUGCAGCUGAAAGAACAAAUGGCUUGUUAAAUAGGAUUCUAACAUCUCGAGCACUGCGCAGAGAGCAAAUUCAGUUGGCACAAACUGAAAUUGUAGAUUUAACGCAAGCCAACAUUACUAGCCUUGAUACAGGAGAUAACCGCCGGCUUCAGUCCAUGCUACUUCGAAGAACACAAUCACAUAGAGCAACACUUUCUUCUCUGUCAUCUGCAUUGAGUUCUGCUGAAAGGUUGGUGGAGGCAUAUUUCCAUAACCAUCCUAUUACACCUGCAGUUAGAAAUCAAGAGCCGCCUCCACCAGUUGAUGACAGAGACUCUUUCUCGAGUAUUCAAGCUGUUAUAAAUUCAGAGAGUCAAAUGGACACAGCUGUGGAAAUCGAUUCAAUGGUUUCCCUUUCAACUUCAUCUUCCAGAAGAAGAAAUGAAGCUUCAAGGGUUUCAGACAUGGACAGUGGAGACUCCCGUGCCCCAAGAAGGAGAAGACUGAACUGAAAGCCUCUUCUUCAUCUGGUCAGCACUAUGUUGUAUGUGCUCUUUGCCUUUGUUUUAUUAGCCUUUCCCCUGCUCAAGUGCCCUUGUAUUACUACUUCACUGUUUACACUCUAGGAAGUGUUCACCUUUUACUACAACUUUGUCCUUUGACAUUGAUGAGGUGAUUAUCAACUAUCUGCUUGAAUUAUUUGUUUUUACAUUAUCAAUGUUAUGAUCUUCCUUAACUUAAGGGGAUUGGGUUUUUAAUUGUGUGGCAAAUCACAGUUGUACUCUUGUACUACUAGUAGGCUAGUUUAUUGGCUCCGACUGUACAUAAACUCAUGAACUUCUUAUGCCAACGUUCAUUUGGAAUAA